GGAAGGAAAGCAGAACGAGCGUGAAGACUCAGCGCCAGGGCCCGGCGCUCCGAGUCAGAAGCCAUAAGGUGCGCACUGUGUCCUUCUGUGCUCGCCCAACCGUUUACUCGCCCAUUCCUUCAAUCGCCCAUUCGUUUACUCGCCCGCUCGCCCGCCCGCUCUAACGCCCAUUCCCUAUUUGCCCACCUCGCCCAUUCGUACGUGCCCGCCCACUCACAUGUCCGCUCACCCGCCAGCUCGCCAGUGUCCCGACCGCUCGCCCGCUCGCCUACCCGUGCGUUCACUCGCCUACCUGUCCACUCGCCCGUUCACUCGCAUGCCCAUUCGCUCCCUCGUUCACUCGUCCGUCCGUCCGUUCGUUCAUCCGCUCGUCCGCUCACCCAUCCGCUCGCCUCGGCCUCGAACUUACCACCCAGCUCCUCGCUGCCUCCCCUUCGAACGAGAUCAUAGCCACCUGCCGCAGCCCCGCAGCCGCCACAGACUUGCACAAGCUCCAGGCGUCCGAAAAAGGGCCGCGUGCACGUUGUACCGCUCGACGUUAGCAGCGAACAGUCGAUGCGCGACUCCGUCAAGUACGUGAACGACAUACUUGGUGACCGCGGGCUCGAAUACCUCUACAACAAUGCAGCCAUCGUACGUCUCUACAUGUCACUACUUUUCCUUCCAUUCCACGCCAGACGCCGCCCGCCGUGCUGCUGCCACCAACUCGAACAACAGCGACGCACCGCGUGAAUACCUGCGCGUCCGUCGUCCUCUCACGGGCCUCUCAUGCUCGGCUUCUCUCAGCCGCUUGCUCUCGCCCGUCUCGCCCGUCUCGCCCAUUCGCCCCGCGCUCGUGCCAUCCCACUGCCCGAACACAACAAGCUUGAACGCGAGACCUUGCAGCCGACGAACGGACGGCGGGCACACAAGCGAAGGGCGGGCAAGGCGAGUGCGAAGACAGGUGGGCAGCUUUGCUGAUAGCGAGCACAGGGUGCAGCGACUCUGCGCAGCACCAGUCUGCUGCGCGACGCAUACGACGACCGCGAGCGCGCCGGGCCAAU